AUGAGUUCUGAAUCAAAUGAGGCAUGUGCUGAUGGGAAUUCGUCACAUGCGUCCGCACUUUAUUUCACCGAAACGAAUCGGAAUCGGAGGAAACGCACGCACACUCGCACUAAUUCGUCGCCUAUCAGAUUACUUCAAAAUAUUUUCUUCGUACGAAUAAUCAAACACUCUUUUGUUAUUCUCCUCCGAUGCACUUUUGUGCCAAACAAGACCUCCCAGGAUUUCUAG